CGAGAGCGGAGCCACUCGCUGGUCCCGCGCCGCCGCCUGCGCCAUGAGCUUCUUGUUUGGUAGUCGCUCUUCUAAAACCUUUAAACCAAAGAAAAACAUUCCGGAGGGGUCUCACCAGUAUGAGCUGUUAAAACAUGCAGAAGCCACGCUUGGAAGCGGUAAUCUCCGGAUGGCCGUUAUGCUGCCAGAGGGUGAAGAUUUAAAUGAAUGGGUUGCAGUUAAUACUGUGGACUUCUUCAACCAGAUCAAUAUGCUUUAUGGUACCAUUACAGACUUCUGUACAGAAGAGAGCUGCCCAGUGAUGUCAGCUGGCCCAAAAUACGAGUAUCACUGGGCAGAUGGGACAAACAUAAAGAAACCAAUCAAGUGCUCAGCACCAAAGUACAUUGAUUACCUGAUGACUUGGGUCCAGGAUCAGCUGGAUGACGAAACACUAUUUCCAUCCAAAAUAGGUGUUCCUUUCCCAAAGAACUUCAUGUCAGUGGCAAAGACCAUUCUAAAGCGUCUCUUUAGAGUUUAUGCUCACAUUUACCACCAGCACUUUGAUCCAGUAAUCCAGCUACAAGAAGAGGCACAUCUUAACACAUCCUUCAAGCACUUUAUUUUUUUUGUUCAGGAAUUCAACCUUAUUGACAGAAGAGAACUGGCUCCACUUCAAGAACUGAUUGAAAAACUGACCUCCAAGGAUAGAUAAAAGGAAGUGGAUUUGUGGAAAUAGCAAGCGUGUGGUAUUUCUGGGGGUUUUGUUUGUUUGUUUUGUUCUGUUUUGAAAACAAAACAAAACCUUGUUCUGUUCUUACAGGCAGCCAAGAUCCAUUCUUUGUGCUUUUAUUAGGGGAAAUCUUUGUCUUUUAGUGACAUGCAGUAAAUGGCUUUUUUUUUUCUCAUUGUGGAUUUUUAGUAGAUUUUGAGUGUUUAUAAAGGAAGUAUGCUU